CCAUUGACUGUCAAGAUGGCGAUGCAACGGAGAACGAACGUGAGGCUCCCCCCAGAAGUCAACAGAAUUUUGUAUGUCAGAAACCUGCCAUAUAAGAUCACAACUGAAGAGCUUUACGACAUAUUUGGUAAAUAUGGAGCCAUAAGACAGGUUAGGCUUGGAAAAUACAAAUGAGACAAGGGCACAGCCUACGUUGUUUAUGAAGUUUUCGAUGCAAAGAAUGCCUGACACUUAUCAGGCUUUAAUGUCUGCAACAGAUACCUCAUUGUACUAUAUUACCAACCAAAACAAGCCAGUUUCCAAAAAAUGGACAAAGAUAAGAAAAAGGAGAGUAUAGAGACACUGAAGGCAAAGUACGGAGUCACAGGCGAGAAGAACUGAACAGUUACCAAGCAGAAUUGAGAUGAAUAUAUUGCAAUGCCAAGGGACUUUUUCGGGGUCUUUCAAUGCAUUUCGUCGACUUCAAUCGCAGGAGCAUCUAAAGCUAUCGUCAGACAGUUAAGAAUUGUGUAUGAAGAAUUCAUGACAUGGUGUAUUUGCCAGUUAACAAAGGACGUCACAGAAAUACCAAGUGAAUAUGUAUCAGACCGGUUUCAUCUGUACCUUCUGUAAUUACUCUGUAUAAUUUAUCUCAGUUGCAAUAAUUUCUAAUGGUUUACCUUACGAAGUUUCUAACUGUAGUAAUAUUA